AUGGCGAAUGUUGCCCAGUGCUUUUAUUGCUUCGAGACCCUCUUUACUUCAUUUGAAGGCCGCGAGCCUGCCAGUCUUGCUACCAUAGAAGCCCUCUGGGAGCAGCACGAGCAAACCCUGAAGCUGUCGGGUCUUGAAGAUCCAGCCGAAGAAUAUGCAGAUCAACAGCAGUUCCUAGAUGAAAAUUAUGAUGUCCCCCAGUCGAGUAGUGGGUCCAAAAAGCUGCAACUCCCCCAUGUCAGCCGUCUCCAGAGUGAAGUAUCCGCCUCGUCCAGUGCAGCUACCACGCCUUCGUCUGCAUCCAAUAUUUCUGCCAACUCGCUGCAGUCGAGUUCAACAAAUAUAACCACGCCGGGCUCGGCUCAGCUGAGAUCGCCUGAUCAGCGGUACCCUCUAUUUGUGACAUGGAACACCCUGUCACGAGGACAUAAGUCUCUUCGUGGGUGCAUAGGAACGUUUGAGGGGCAGGAACUUGCAGCGGGGUUGAAGUCCUACGCUUUGACCUCGGCCUUUGAUGACACACGCUUUUCUCCUAUCCCCAAAUCUCUUCUCCCCUCACUUUCGUGCUCUCUCACUCUUUUGAGUUCCUUUGAGUCAUGUACAGACGCCAUGGACUGGACUCUAGGUACUCACGGUUUGCGCAUUUCCUUCAUCCACCGUGGCCGUCGAUAUGGUGCUACUUAUCUCCCCGAUGUGGCAAUUGAGCAGGGCUGGACCAAAGAAGAGGCUAUCGAGAGCUUGAUGCGUAAGGCAGGCUGGGAUGGCGGUGGUAGCAGCACGGCACGGAGAUUACUUAGAGGCGCAGCCAAACCGUGGGACCAGGUCUCGGAUUUCCGGACUGUUAGAUAUCAGGGCCUGACGGCAAGUGCUGACUAUGCCGAAUGGCAAGAAUGGCGAAACUGGGUUCUCUCUUUAGAUGACGGAGAAGAUAUCUUGGGAGCAUCGGAGUGA